CGACUAAACAAAAAGACAGCGAUAAUAAAAUCCUCCAGGACUGUGCGUCAAAAGGCUUUACGAGCACAAUAACCGAGCACACUGCCAGGAUCCCCUCUGUAGCGAACUGACUGGGAGUGUUUGGGGUGCUAGACUGUGCACAGGCGUGGCAGUGGGCUGGUCCUGGCUCACUGAGCGAUGAAAAAAAAAACAACACAGCAGGGUCGGUUGACUUGGUAUCAGCUGAGGCCCUGAAACACUGUGACAAAGGAGCCAGUGCACACAGAUUUGUUGCAAUUAACUCCUUCACUCUGAGGACGUCUUCAGGCUGUGGGUGUGCCGCACCCACUCAGCAGACACGCUCCCGAGGAUGCGCUGAGACCCACCCCUGGUUGUAAGACGCCCACUGCAAAAUAGUAAAAGAUGAGCAAGUCUCCCACCCCAAAGGGCACCCCGGUGCAGCGCAGUCCCAGUGAUGGAGUCUCCGAGGGCCUCCAGUCUCCCCAGCACUCCACCCCCAGCAUCGGGCCACAGCAUAAGAAACGCAUCUCCAGCCUCCUUCAGAGUCCAUCAUUUAGAGAGGAGCUGGAUGUGCUGAUCCAGGAACAGAUGAAGAAGGGUGGCAGCUCAUCCAAUCUAUGGGCACUGAGGCAGCUGGCUGAUUUCAUGGCCUCACAUGGCUCUCCGGCUUCCCUGCCCGUCUCCCCCUCAAACAUGAUGAUGGUGACACCCAUCAAUGACCUGCAUGGCUGGGAGCCUGGCAGCAUGGUGAAGGGGGAGAGGUUGAUGCGCUGCAAGCUGGCCAGCACACAUCGCCUGUUCGACCUCUUUGGAUGGGCCCAGAUCGGCCGCACCUGUCUCACACUGCGUGUGAGUAAAGAACAGGAACACUUCCUUGUGCUUCCAGAUGGACUGGCCUAUAGUGAGGUGACUGGAUCCAGUUUGGUAAAGGUGAAUAUCCUGGGCGAAGUGGUGGAGAAGGGGAGCACCAACCUGGGAGUGGACACUGAAAAGUUCAGCCUGCACUCUGCCAUCUACUCGGCCAGGCCAGAUGUUCGCUGUCUGUUUCAUCUCCACACACCGGCUACAGCAGCAGUUUCAGCUAUGAAGUCUGGCCUCUUGCCACUGUCCCAUGAGGCACUGCUGGUUGGGGACGUAGCCUACUAUGACUACAAUGGAGUUAUGGAGGAGGAGGAGGACCGAGUGGAGUUACAGAAGAGCUUAGGACCUACCUGUAAGGUUCUGGUGCUGAGGAAUCAUGGCAUAGUGGCUCUGGGGGAGUCUGUGGAGGAGGCCUUCUACACCAUCUACCACAUCCAGGCUGCCUGCCAGAUCCAGGUGUCGGCGUUGUGUUGUGCUGGAGGAGAACAGAACCUGAUUAUGCUGGACCGCACCAUCCACAAACCCACUCCAGCCGGCACGGUCGGCUGGGCUGGCUCCACCUUCGGCCCUCUGCAUAAGAGCCGCGUUGGGGAGCAUGAGUUUGAAGCCCUCAUGAGAACUCUGGAUAACCUGGGCUACCGCACUGGCUAUGCGUACCGCUUCCCUGUACUUCUAGAGCGAACGCGAACACGGAGGGAGGUGGAGGUACCGGCGACCGUCACGGCCUUCCACCAGUUUGAUGACGAUGGCGUCCACCCAGCACUGAGGCAGCAUCCUUUUGCCCAGCGCCAGCAGCAGGAGAGGACCCGAUGGCUCAACACCCCCAACACGUACCAGAAAGUCAGCCAGGAGCAAGCCAGCCCGGGACACCAGCGCACCACUUGGUUGAAGACAGAAGAGAUGACACAAGCUGGCAGCACAGCCAUCAAGAUAGAGAACCCAAACCAGUUUGUGCCUCUGUUCACCAAUCCCCAAGAGGUGAUCGAGACCCGAAAUAAGAUUCGACAGCAGAAUCGUCAGGACAUGAAAACAGCCGGACCGCAGUCGCAAGUCCUCGCCAGUGUUAUAACAGAAGAUAAUCCUCCGUCCCCUGUCAGUCCACCUAAAGUCCCACCAGAGCCAGAACCUCCAAACCCCUUUAAUGAGCUGACGGACCAGGAGCUGGAGGAGUACCGCAAGGAGGUGCAGAGGAAGCAGGAUGGAGGAACCAAUGAGGAGACAAAGACCGACUCUCCGGCCAUUCAGAACGGAGGCGAGGAGGAGAAGCAGACGACAGAGGAAUUAGAGAAAGGGAUGAAGGCCCUUUCAACCAACGACACCUCCACGCCCGCCGCCCCGCCCGCCAAACCGCAGGGCGGCACCCCGGAGGGCUCACCCUCCAAGUCUCCGUCCAAGAAGAAAAAGAAGUUCAAGCCUCCGUCGUUCCUCAAAAAGAGCAAGAAGCAGAAAGAGAAGGCAGAGACCUGAGACGUUCGGAGUCGUGUGGCAGAACCUCGGUGAAAUACUACAGUGAAAUAUUUCCUAGUGUAUGACGGAGUAGCACGUGGAGUCGACCACAUCAGAUGUAUUUAAAGAGCCAUUUAGGAUGUCAUUCACAGAUAUGGUGUACUCAAAAGACACAUACUUUACUGUACCACUCACAUAUGAUAUAUGUGGUGACUCAUCUUAAGGAAGUUAAAAAACAAAACACUGGUGAUUAUUUUCACAUAAUAUUUGACCCAGGUGGGAUACUUUGACGCACUUCUCGUCACACGCAGUUUCUGUAUUACCCACGUCUUAUUUUUUAGCCUCGCCGCGCUAUUGCUCCAUCGUUCCACUCCACUGUACAGGCAUUCACAUUUUCAUUUCUAAAACUGAGGUUACUACUGUGAUCAGACUUUUUUUUUUUUUAAAUAAAUCCACAAUUUUGCAAGACACAAACGCCCCAAUGAGUUAUGCACUCCUCAUCCAUGUAUAGGCACAAUGACACAUAGAUUGACAUCCUAGCACGUUUGCGUUUGUUCAUUAUCAUAGGCAUCUUCUAGUCACCAUUUGGUUCUAAGUAUCAGAUAGAUGUUGCAGGUAUAGUAUGUGAGCACAGGUGCAGUACAAUGUAGAAAUAUGCUGAUAGCUACUGAUCGCGCUCUGCUGAACGCUGGUUUGGUGUUAAAACAGCAGGGACAAGAAUGGGAAGACGAAGCUGGGCGAGCACGCGAGGUCUCGCGACGAGCUGCUGCGAACGCUUUGAUCGAAGCCAAAGGGAUGACGCAUAAACAAUUUGUUGCUUGUCGGUGCAGUCUGUAAGCCAGUAAACAGAAGGUACUAAACAUUCCACUUUUUGUCGUUUUCUUUUUAAAUGUGCAGAAUACCUCUCAACAGUAACGACUUUCUGUUUGAACUAGUAGCUGACGCUGACGUGUGAUGUUUGCUCAUGGUCUUAAUUUAUUUUAUAUUAGAAUGUAUAAGUGAGUGUUGCAAGGUUACCAUGUAUCAGUCAUUAAAGGUUGAGUUUGAUUUAAAAUCACA